GGAUCGUUUCCACAAUCCCUUUCUCCAGAGGUCGUCUCUCCCCUCCUUUCUGUUUGAUAUGGGUUGUUUUCCUGGUGUCCACUUGAUACCCAAUGGCUUCCCAAGCUGGGUUCUUCUGAGUUUCAUCGUCAAUCUGCCGGGCGACAAACAUGAUUUUGGGGUUGAUUGCAUUGAUGGGAAGAAAUAAAGUAAGGAAGCGACGAGCUCAACUCUCAACUUACCCUGGAGAAGAAGACAAACAAGGAGAAGAUUUUGAUGGUUGCAAACACUACUCUGAGAGGUGUAAGCAGCCGCCGCGUUUCUCCACUCCAUUUCUGGAGAAGUUGCUCUCUCUGUUGCAGGGGAAUUUCAGAGAAGUUGUGCACAAAUGGCCACUUCCGGUCCAAGCAGCAAAACCCGCAGAGCAGCAGUGUUCCCAACCUGGAAGACAGCAACUUGAGUACCAGUUUCAGUACCAACACAGCCUCUGGCAUCCCUCUUCUGACAAUCAGGUCUGCCACCUUUUAGAAAAGAAAAAAGAAAAAAACCAGACAGUACAAUUAUUUGAUGCUGCUGAAUGAGACCCAGAAGCUGCUGAAUGAGAACCAGACAGUACAAUCAGGUCUACCUCAUCAGGGAUAGGUGGGUGAGACCCAGAAGCUCCAUAGAAUGAAACAAGUGCUUGCUGCCUGUCAACUGGGAUUUCCUGGCUCUGGUCAGGAGGUGUCAAUGGAGGGAUAAAGGCUUCACAGAUGGCUGAAAGGGAUCGGAUCUGACCAGAACUGAGACCAUGGCUGUAGGAAGAAGAAGUCAUUAUGCUCUUCCUUCCUCCUCUCAACAAGGUUUUUCUAUUAAAAAAUUACAGGGUUCUUUCACUCGUCGUGAAGCGUAAGCGAGCGAGCCAUCCCUAGUUGUUAUUUACAGGGGUAAAAUAUUUCGGGUACCACUAAAGUAUGAGAAUUGGUGGAACUAUACCACUUAAUUAAGAAUAGGGCAUCGCGUACCAUU